AUGAGAGCCUGGAUGUUCUUCACAAGCAACAUUUACAUCUAUCAACAGAAGCGCCAAGAGGCGGGGACCCGCCUGAGCAGCGUGCCAUUCACUGGCUGUAUACAGGGAGGUCUGCAUGAGGGGAAGACCAUCACUGUGACAGGGAGAGUCCUGCCAAAUGCCAAGAGGUUUCAUGUGAAUUUGCAAUGUGGCUCAAAAGAAAAACCUGACGUAGCCCUCCACUUCAACCCCCGAUAUGAAUCCAAACACCAUGUGGUCUGCAACACCAUGUAUAACUCUAAGUGGGGCCCAGAGGAGCUUAAAUAUUAUAUACCCAUGACCCAGGAGGAACAAUUUACACUCAUGUUCCUGGUCAACCAAAAUUCAUAUUCGCUCAGGAGACUUUUAUCACUUAUACUUAGGCUACACAUUUUUGUUUUACUUCCAUGUGCCAUUGAUUUCUUGUCUCUCCUAAAUCCGGUCUCAUCCCAGGUGAUUGUGAAUGGUGCCCACUUCAUGGAGUACCUGCACCGGAUGUCAAUCACCCAAGUGGACACCAUCUUCGUGUAUGGGGGAGUGGAGAUCGAAUCCAUUGACUUCUCUAACUCUGAAGGCAGUGAGGACUCCUGAAACAACCAGCAAACCAGGCUGUCGUAAUGUGAAUCAGUAGAUGUAAAGAAUCUAGCUAGUGUGGGAUCCUGUAUUUUACAUUAUAGCUAUUAGCAUAUAUAUGAUUAAAUAUUAUCUGAUGUUGGUUGUGUGAGGUGUGCAUUUGUGCACUGGAGCAUCAUUAUGAGAUUAAACAACUGCUUGCUACUUGCCUGUUUGUGUGUGACAAGAACUGAGUAACAUGGUGUGACCUGCAUGUUGCAAAACUGUAGAUAACAGCCCAGCAGAUGCUUUGUCCUUGUGUUUGUAUGUAACAAUAUUGAGCACAUGGUGUGACUUGCUGUAUCUUACAAAGUUGUGAUAGGGAGGGGUGGUCAUCACGAGGUUUAACUGAGAUGGAAAAAUACUGAACAACACAAUAGCAGGAACUGAGCAACUGUUAUAACUAGGGGGUGAUACCAGAACAGUAGGAAUCUAUACAUCGACAGAGGGAGGACUCCAAGAAGCGCCAAGAGGCGGGGACCCGCCUGAGCGCCUGCGAUAGGCUGGGCAAGUUUAAACCAUGCCCAGCCUCUACUGUGAUAGGCCAACAGACGGGUUGGAACUAUGUUUGUAAGUCGCUCUGGAUAAGAGCGUCUGCUAAAUGACUUAAAUGUAAAUAAAUGUAAAGUCUAUCACAGUAUAAGAACUGUUUACGUACAUCCUGUCAGUUCUCUGUUCUGCCCUACGUGGUAUUACAGUGAGCCCGUAUAUACGAAACUUGCA